AUGAACAGGGCAAACCCUGAAAGUGGCGACCUGGAGGCAUGGCAAUGCAGGAAACGCUACAAUGGCCAGACUCCAGCCAAGGAGAUUAAAAUAGUUGUCAUUGGAGACUCGGGAUGUGGUAAGACAUCGCUAUUGAUUAAUUACAAAGAUGGCAAGCCGGCCAAUCACAAGGACUACAUCCCAACAAUAUUUGAGACGUACAAUUGUCUCAUUUCAAAUGGGUCCUCGACAUUCAAGCUCUCUCUGCACGAUACUGCCGGACAAGAAGAUUUCGAAGGACUUCGGACACCCAUCUACUCCGAUGUCGAUGUGGUGGUCGCAUGCUACUCUGUGGAUUCUCAGCCGUCGCUCUCGAAUAUCAUAGAAACAUGGAUUCCCGAAGUGCAAAACUAUCAGCCAGAUGUCCCCAUAGUUCUUGUUGGAACAAAAUGCGAUCUGAAAAACCAGCUGAGUCACGACCAGCUUGUGACAGAGCAAGAGGAGCUUGAGAUCAGUUCCCAGAUUGGACACACCGUGAUGGGACAUCUUCAAGCAUCAGCCAUCACGGGAGAGAACGUCAAGAAAGUGUUUGACGUUUGUGCAAGUGUAAUGGCCGAAAAGCUCUCAAACGUCGCUCCUGUCGCCGCACAGCCUGCCGCAAGCAAGCCUGCUGUGAACAAGUCAUCCAAAACCGCAUUCCAAGACAAGGGUGGCUGCUGCGUGAUCGUCUGA